CUCUAAGUCUUGAAACACUAUCAAGAAUCUCAAGCCACCAUUUUUUCUUCAUCCUCAUAAAGAGAAAGAGAGAGAUCCUCUUGUUUGGCAAGAACCCAAUUUGAGUUCCAAGUCCUGAUUUGCUCUGAUCUUUCUCUUUCCUUGAUUUCAUUCUAUAGUCAACGAGAAGAUAAUUAUAUAUAUAUAUAUAUAUGUGUAUAGUUUUCUUCCGAUUCUAGGGUUUUCAUAUUUCAUCUAAAUUUUCAUGGUCAAAGAAGAAAUUCAAAGAACCAAUCGAACCAGGAAGAGAAAGAAAACAUCAAUAUCAACAUCUCUCUCUCUCUCUCGUAUAUUAUAAGAUCUCGAGUUGAGUCAUCAUCGUUAAUGGCUUUGAAAAACGACGGCAACAAUUCACCAAGUCAAGAACAAGAGGAAGGUUUAAACUUUAGCAAGAUUCACUGAGACUCAUCUCAAGAAAAGGAGAAAGAUUUAAUCCAAGAACAGGAUAUAGAGUAACCUUGAUCAAGAACCACUAAGACCCAUCUCAUACAUCCAUCAAGAAAAGAGGAGCAAGGUUUUGUCAAGAAACAACAAAAAAAAAAAAAAGAGUUUCAAUCUUGAUUCAAGAACCAUCGCAUAAAUCAAGAUUUAACCAAGGCAAAUCAUAUAAUUCAUCAUGGAUCUAUCCUUAGCUCCAACAAGCUCCGACCAAGAACAAGACAGAGACCAAGAAUUAACCUCCAACAUCCGAGCAAGCAGCAGCUCUGGCCCCAGCGGAAACAACAACAACCUUCCGAUGAUGAUGAUUCCACCUCCGGAGAAAGAACACAUGUUCGACAAAGUGGUAACACCAAGCGACGUCGGAAAACUCAACAGACUUGUGAUCCCUAAACAACACGCUGAGAGGUAUUUCCCACUAGACUCCUCAAACAACCAAAACGGCACGCUGUUGAACUUCCAAGACAGAAACGGCAAGAUGUGGAGAUUCCGUUACUCGUAUUGGAACUCUAGCCAGAGCUACGUGAUGACCAAAGGAUGGAGCCGUUUCGUCAAAGAGAAAAAGCUCGACGCAGGAGACAUUGUCUCUUUCCAACGAGGCAUCGGAGAUGAGUCCGAAAGAUCCAAACUUUACAUAGAUUGGAGGCACAGACCCGACAUGAGCCUCGUUCAGGCACAUCAGUUUGGUAAUUUCGGUUUCAAUUUCAAUUUCCCGACCACUUCUCAAUAUUCCAACAGAUUUCAUCCAUUGCCGGAAUACAAAUCCGUCCCGAUUCACCGGAGCUUGAACAUCGGAAACCACCAACGUUCGUAUUAUAACAACCAGCGUCAAGAGUUCGUAGGGUAUAAUUAUGGGAAUUUAGCUGGACGGUGUUACUACACGGGAUCACCGUUGGAUCAGAGGAACAUUGUUGGAUCAGAGCCGUUGGUUAUAGACUCAGUCCCUGUGGUUCCCGGGAGAUUAACCCCGGUGAUAUUACCGCCGCUUCCUCCGCCUCCUUCAACGGCGGGAAAGAGACUCAGGCUCUUUGGGGUGAAUAUGGAAUGUGGUAUUGACUAUAAUCAACAAGAAGAGUCAUGGUUGGUGCCACGUGGCGAAAUGGGUGCAUCUUCUUCUUCUUCAGCUCUACGACUAAACAUAUCAACUGAUCAUGAUGAUGAUACUGAUGAUGGUGAUGGUGGUGAUGAUGAUCAAUUUGCUAAGAAAGGGAAGUCUUCACUUUCUCUCAAUUUCAAUCCAUGAGAAGUUUCAUCAUCUUCUUUUUGAAUUGUCUCUUUAUUUUAUUUCAUUAAUUAGUAAAUUUUUCAAGGUUAUUAGAUUCUAGCUAGUGAGAGGAAGAAAUUAAAAACGAUCUUCUUCGUUUUUUUUUUUUUGGUUAUGAAUUUUGUUUUCGACAUGUUUUUUGAUGUUAAUCACUAGGCUUUUGUCACCAUGUUGAAACUCGCAUCUUUUCAAUUUUGUAUAUAAACUUAUAUAUAAAUAUGAUUUACAUGAAAUAACAUGUUCACAUGCCUCAAAUUUUAGCUAAUUAUAUCCAAUAUUCGCUGUAACUCAUUGUUUAGUCAUCAUCUUAAUAAAUUAUAUAUUAACCUUAAUACUUGACUCUAGGUGAAACUGCCUUUAGCUAUAGCAUUUUAUCAAUGAAACAGUGUUCAUCUUCUUCUUUUUUGAGUUUUAAUAUAUAUAAUUUGAGAUUAUAAUUGAUGAGUGGGAAAAAAGCUUAUAAAUUUCAUGAAUUGUACUCUCUGUGCCUAUCUCCCUACACUGACAAAGUGUUUCAUGGUACAUUCUAAGCUAAUGGGCAGGUCCAAAAAAAGCCUCUCUUUUUUCUCUCUCUAAUGGUCCUAUUUUGUUUGCUUGGUUACUCUUGUAAUUUUGCUCGGUUAAAGAGAUUUUUGCAGGUUAUGGGCAGAGAAAAUAAAGAGAAGCUAGCUAUGGAAGAAGGACUGAUCCAUUCAUUUAGUAAUUCAAUUUAUUAUAUUAAAAAGAACAAAAGGUAUGAUAUGUUUUCACAUUGUUUGACUUUUUUAUGAUCACAGGUUCAUUAAUUUCUCAUUUUUUACUAAUUCUAGAUUCUUGUUUUUGUUAUUAACCUUUGGUCAAUAGCUUUGUUUGAUUUGGUUUGCAAGUUGAACUGAUUUUUACCAAAUCAGGUAUCUCUGUAGAUCUCAUAAACUCAUGAGUUCUUUUAGAAUGUUAGAUCCUAAAUCAUUUGUCAA